AUGGCCCACCGCGCCCUCAUCGUGAUCGAUGUGCAGAUGGACUACUUCCCCGGCGGGCGGUGGCCGCUGGACGGCAUGGAGGCCGCCGCGGACAAUGCGGCCCGCCUGAUCGCCACCGCGCGGUCGCGCUCAGAACUCAUCGUCCACGUGCGGCACGAGUUCCCCGAUCCGGACGCGCCGUUCUUCGCCCCCGGAUCCCAGGGCGCCGAGAUCCACCCCAAGGUCCGGCCGAUUGAGGGCGAGCCGCUGGUGCUCAAGCGGCGGAUCAACGCCUUCAGGGACACCGACCUCAAGGGGAUCCUUGACCGGGCGGGGAUCGAGGAGGUCGUGGUGGCGGGGGCGAUGAGCAACAUGUGCAUCGAUGCGGCGGCCAGGGCGGCGGCCGACUUCGGCUACUCGGUGACGGUGGUGCACGACGCGUGCGCGGCGAGGGGGCUGGAGUUCGGCGGAGUGGAGGUGCCCGCGGGCCAGGUGCACGCGGCGUACAUGGCGUCGCUGGGAUUCGCGUACGCCAGGAUGAGGUCGACGGACGAGUUCCUGGCGGCGGGGCACUAG